CCGCAUCGUAUCUCGCUGCUAUUGACAAGUUUGAGGUUGACAGAUUGUAUGUUACUCCUUGGAUUACCCAAGGCCUUGUUGAUGGCUCAAGCAUGUUUGAGGAUGGUACGCUGACGAUUUCUUCUAACCCUGAAUGCAAGUUUAUUACUGAAUCUGUCAGGACAAUAGGGUGUGCCAGAACCUCUAUUCUACCCAUUAGACUGAAGAAAUUCAUGACAUACUUUAGCAGGGCGACUGUGUUUAAUGGGUAUGGCGCAACUGAAACCAGUUUCAUAGUAGCCAGUUGUAAGUGGAAGGAACCAGCACCGAGCACGCAUUUAUCUCUGUAUCCUGACACUUUUGCAAUGGUUGUUGACGAGGAUGAGAACGAGACCGAUUGUUACGGAGAGCCCUGCAUCUUGGGACCUCAGGCCAUGGUCAGAUACCUUGGUCAAGGCACUAAGUCGCCAUUUAUUAAUUAUUUCUAUCGCACAGGCGAUUAUUCUCGGGUAAUAGCUAAUGGAACUGUGUCUAUUUGCGACCGGAUGGUCGAUAUUGUGCAUACUGAGCAGGGUCCAUUUUGCCGACAGAGGUCGAGAUGAUAGCUUCAGAGCACCCUGCGGUCAAGGACUGUGCCGCUGUUGGUACCGGACCAAAGGGCGAAGCACGCGUGAUGCUGCUUGUUGUACUGGUGCCAGGCGUUGCGUCUCUUAAAGACAUUAACAACUGGGUUUAGUCUCGCGUAUCAUUUAAUAUUGAGUGCAAGGAAAUUC